GUGAGCGACAGAUGCUUUCAAAAAUCCUUCUCACAAAAAUUAGUACCCCCUUUGAUUUUUCGAAUUCCAACCAUUCCUUGCAGAAACCACCAUUUAAUCGCUUCCUCUCUCUCUCUCUCAUACGUCUGUCAUAUAACUCAUACCUCUGCUUCCUUAAAAUACACCUCUUACCCUUUUCACUAUCUUUUCCUUCAUCGCUUCAUUCCAGACACCGACUCUCUUUCUUCCCAACUUUAUUUUUUUAUAUGACUAAAGAGCCUCUGCAAUUCCUGCACAUCCGUCUCGCCUUCCUUGGUGUUGUUUAUUAACCCUAGAGGGAUCCUACUGAAAGCCUAUCCUUCUUUGUCUAGCCUUUCUAACUCCCCUUCGUUCCCAUUUAUCAACAUUCAUGCAAAUCAUAAGCCACUCAUGAUAUGAUCACUACCUACUCCCUCCCCAUUUAGUUCUCUUCGCAUCGUUUGCUUCCUCCGUUCUUCCAUUACUUCUCUCUUUCUUACUUCGACCUGCACCUUGUUCCUUCAAUCUCACAACUUUCACUCCGUUUCUUCCUUACUUAUCCAAAUCCGGUAACCACUGAAUGAUCUGAACCGCGUCUCCGCCAUUUUAUUCUCUCGAGCUCUAACUCUAUGAGAACUACGUUGCCUUUCCCCGAUCUCUCCCUGCAGAUCAGCCCACCUACAAUUCCAGAUUGCGAAGGUAAGGAUAUGAGCUAUCAUGGAUGGAUGAGGAAACCAAUCUACAGUGACAGGACCUCCACCACCGACUCUGGUAGCAGUGGGAGCGAUGUAACCCAUGAACAAGGGUUCCUGCACUUAGAGAGGGCUUAUGAUCUUAGAGGGUCUGAACCCACGUUGAGCUUAGGGUUUGAGACGGCAGCUGUGGAUCCUCCGCCCAUGCAACUGCCACGCAACCUUCACUACCUCCACCAACCUCAAAUCUAUGGUCGUGAGUUCAAAAGGAAUUCCAGAAUGAUUAAUGGAGGGAAAAGAAGCAUCAGAGCUCCUAGAAUGAGAUGGACCACAACUUUACAUGCCCAUUUCGUUCACGCAGUGGAACUGCUUGGUGGCCAUGAAAGAGCAACACCUAAAUCGGUAUUGGAGCUGAUGAAUGUGAAAGAUCUAACUCUAGCUCAUGUUAAGAGCCAUUUACAGAUGUAUAGAACAGUGAAGAGCACUGACAAGGGAGCAGGCCAAGGGCAGACCGAAUUGGGUUUGAAUCAAAGAUCGGGGGUCAUCGAAGUGGAUGCUGGCUUAUCAUCAUGUGAGAAAACUGAUCCAAAUCCCUAUUCUCUCAACCCACCACUACCAAAAUCUCCAAGAGGCUCAUGGUCAUCAAUGGAGACAAAUGGUUGGGACCCAUCAACUAAGGAGAGUGGCUUAAUCCCUUCCCAUUUGAAAUCGACUGAUUUAACCAAUGAGAAGAACAAGAUGGACGGAGCGGAUUUCUAUGUAUCGCACAACGAGAGCGAGAGGUUGUAUUUAAGCCCCUUGGCAUCUUCACACGUGUUGCCUAACCUAGAGUUCACCCUUGGAAGACAGAGUUGGGAAAUGGACUAUGCUGAUCCCACAAAUGAACUAACCCUCCUCAAGUGUUAAAUACUACUAAUACAUAUAUUUUGUAUUUUUGGAGACUAAUUUUAGAAAAAGAAAAGUCUCAAAAUAAUCAUCCUCACUUGUUAAUGAUUUGUGUUCGUGCGUGGCUUCGGCUUCAAUUCAAGAUCUUCAAGGGGAGAGAGAAUGUAAGUUAUAUGAUAUGGGGGUGAGCCGGGUGAGGUGGGUAUUGUGGGUUGGACCUCAAGAGUCAAGACAGCGAGGAGAAUGUAGCUUUAACGGAACUCGAUCAUCACUAAUUUAAUAUUGGAUUGUGGACUGUUAAGGUAGUGGGCCAGCUCUUUAAUGGACCA